GGAGGGCAGGCAGGACUCAGGCAGCCACUUGGUAGCACAGGCUCGAUGGUCGGUAUGUAGCAGCGGCGGAGCUUCUGCUUUGGACUAGUUAGAGGGAAAAACGCAUACUGGUUAGAAGAAAAACAGCAGAGGGAUUUAAUAUAAAAUUCCACGAGAAUGAGACAAAUGCCGUCCGCCUGAAGGAGAUUAAAAUACGCUUUUAUUCCGUUGAUUUAUAACCGUUUUUUACGAAAAUGGCGAACGACUCUCCAGCCAAAAGUCUGGUGGAUAUAGACCUGGCAUCCCUAAGGGAUCCUGCUGGGAUUUUCGAGUUAGUUGAAGUGGUCGGAAAUGGCACCUAUGGACAAGUCUACAAGGGUCGACAUGUUAAGACGGGACAGCUGGCAGCCAUCAAGGUCAUGGACGUCACUGAGGAUGAAGAGGAAGAAAUUAAGCUGGAAAUCAACAUGCUGAAGAAGUAUUCCCACCACAGAAAUAUAGCCACAUAUUAUGGAGCCUUCAUCAAGAAAAGUCCACCAGGCCAUGAUGACCAACUCUGGCUGGUGAUGGAGUUCUGUGGUGCUGGUUCAAUCACAGAUCUGGUGAAGAACACCAAAGGCAACUCGCUGAAGGAGGACUGGAUCGCCUACAUCUCCAGAGAGAUCCUCAGGGGAUUGGCUCACCUGCAUGCGCAUCAUGUCAUCCACCGUGACAUCAAGGGACAAAAUGUGCUGCUGACUGAAAAUGCUGAAGUCAAACUGGUGGAUUUUGGUGUGAGUGCUCAGCUGGACCGGACAGUCGGCCGAAGGAACACAUUCAUCGGGACGCCGUAUUGGAUGGCUCCAGAGGUCAUCGCUUGUGAUGAAAACCCUGAUGCAACCUACGACUACAGAAGCGACCUGUGGUCCUGUGGUAUCACAGCCAUAGAGAUGGCUGAGGGAGCUCCCCCUCUGUGUGACAUGCAUCCAAUGAGAGCCCUCUUCCUCAUUCCCAGAAACCCUCCCCCUCGACUUAAGUCCAAAAAAUGGUCGAAGAAGUUCUUCAGCUUCAUUGAGGGCUGCCUGGUGAAGAACUACACCCAGCGCCCUCCCACCGAGCAGCUGCUCAAACACCCCUUCAUUCGGGACCAGCCCAAUGAGAGGCAGGUCCGCAUCCAGCUCAAAGACCACAUCGACAGAACCAAGAAGAAGAGAGGCGAGAAAGAUGAGACGGAGUAUGAAUACAGCGGCAGUGAAGAAGAGGAAGAAGAAGCAUCUGAACAAGAAGGAGAGCCAAGCUCCAUAGUCAACGUACCCGGCGAGUCAACUUUGCGCCGCGACUUCAUCCGGCUGCAGCAGGAGAACAAGGAGCGCUCGGAGGCUCUGCGCCGCCAACAGCUCCUUCAGGAGCAGCAGCUACGUGAGCAGGAGGAGUACAAGCGCCAACUGCUAGCUGAGAGGCAGAAACGUAUCGAGCAGCAGAAGGAGCAGAGGAGGCGGCUCGAGGAGCAACAACGGCAUGAGCGUGAGAUGAGGAGGCAGCAGGAGCGUGAGCAGCGUCGGCGUGAGCAGGAGGAGAAAAGACGAAUGGAGGAGAUGGAGAGACGCCGCAAAGAGGAGGAAGAGCGCAGGAGGGCCGAGGAGGAGAAGAGGAGGGCCGACCGAGAACAGGAGUAUAUUCGUCGUCAGUUAGAGGAGGAGCAGAGGCACCUUGAGAUCCUGCAACAGCAGCUCCUCCAUGAACAGGCCAUGCUACUGGAGUAUAAAUGGCGAGAGCUUGAGGAGCAGCGGCAAGCCCAGAAGCUUCAGAGACAGCUGCAGCAGGAGCAAGCCUACUUACUGUCGCUACAGCAAAACCAGAACCUGGAUAGUAGCAAAACUGCCCCUCAACAGAGCGCCAAGCCACCAAAGAACCUCGAGCCGGACACAGUAAAGCCCCCACAGACUCCUGACUUGGAAACGUCUAAGCAACAGAGUACUAACUCUGAGAAGACACGGUCCAGUCCUGUGUCCAGUCUGGAAAAACCGAAGCUACCUGUGGCUGAUGUCCAAGGCCCCGCCCCUGACUCUGAGCCAGUCAGAGAGGCUGACGAGCGGUAUCGGAAGAACAUCCAAGGUUCUCCUCAGGCGGCUCAGACCAAACCACAGCAGCCUCCAGUGCCCCAACGCUCCGAGUCUUCAUACCCCAAUGGGAACUCUGCAUCUGAGGCGCCUGCCAUGCAUCGACCUGUGGAACCACAGGUCCGCUCUCAUCUGGCUGCUUUAAAGAGCAGCAGCAGUGUGGCCUCAUCAAACUCCUCCUCUCCAACCCCACCUGUUGUGUCACGGUCACAAUCCUUCAGCGAGCAGCUUGCCCCUAGCUUUGAAAACCUUCACCUUCACAACAGCCAUGAAUCCCACCUACACCAUCAACCUCCAUCAUCAUCAUCACCAUCCUUCUCAUCAUCAACGCCUGCACGCACUGACCCACAAACCCAUCCCCAGCCUAGGCCCUUACCCCAUGACAAGGUCCCUUCAGAGGAGGCCCCUCCCAGGGUUCCUGUCAGGACUACAUCAAGGUCCCCAGUGUUGUCAAGGCGAGACUCGCCUCAUCACCAUGGCAACGCCUCUCACAGCAGGGAGGCCAUGCACCGAAAUGCUGCCAGUUCAGCAGAGCCUCGGCUGCUGUGGGAACGAGUGGAGAAGCUGGUUCCCAGAACAAGUAAUAGUGGCAGUGGAGGCUCCAGUUCCUCCAGCAGCUCCAGUAACUCUCAGCCCAGUUCUCACUGUGGCUCUGGAGAGAGGUUCAGGGCCCGCUCUUCUUCCAAAUCAGAGGGUUCGCCCCUCCAGCGACCAGAGAAUGCUGGGAAAAAACCAGAGGAGAGGAAGGACUUGGUCAGGCCGAGCAAACCAGCGGACUUGACAGCUCUGGCUAAGGAACUACGUGCAGUAGAUGAUGUUCGUCCCCAAAAUAAGGUGACGGAUUAUUCAUCCUCUAGUGAAGACUCAGACACCACAGAUGAGGAUGAUGAUGAAGAAGUGGACCAGGAGGCAGGAGAAGAGUCGACCUCUGGCCCAGAAGACUCCAGAGUUGUUACCUCCAGACUGAGUAAUGGAGAAACGGAGUCGAUGAAAACCAUGAUCGUUCAUGAUGAGGGUGAAAGUGAUGCAGGGUCAACUCCCUGCAAGGACAGCACGCUGAUUGUCAGACAGAGUGCAGGUGACAACAGAAAGCGUGCGGCCCCCGGCUCGGGCCAAACGCAGACCCUCAGCCUGCUUGCAGGCUUCGCUCCCAGCCCUGGCUCGGUGUCGGGGCAGGGCCUCAUCCACCUCACACCCAGUCCACACCACCACCACCAUCAUCACCACCAUCAUCACCCCACACAGCACUCGGACAGGAACGGCUUUGCUGGUCGCAUCCACCACCUCCCAGACCUGAUCCAGCAGAGCCACCAUUCCUCCCCCUCCUCCUCUGCAUCCAACUCCCCUUCCUCUUCCAGCCUUGCCAGUCCCUCCUCCAUGUCCCCCCAGAGUCCCCUGGAAAAGCUUGGCAUCCUCACAGAGAGUCAGUCUAGUAACAACAUGCAGAAACACAAGUCUUCUUCCUCCUUCACUCCGUUCAUUGACCCACGCCUCCUCCAAGUCUCUCCAUCCACCGGCAGCGCCCUCAACAAUGUUGGCUACGGGAAUGAUGCCCGACUGGCAGAGGCGUUGAGAGCAGAUCCAUCUCGGAAAGGCUCUGUGGUCAACGUCAACCCUGUCAACACUCGCCCGCAGAGCGACACGCCAGAGAUUCGCAAGUACAAGAAGAGGUUCAACUCUGAAAUCCUGUGUGCCGCACUCUGGGGGGUGAACCUGUUAGUGGGAACAGAGAGCGGCCUGAUGCUGUUGGAUCGCAGUGGGCAGGGGAAGGUUUACCCUCUGAUCAACAGACGGCGCUUCCAGCAGAUGGAUGUAUUGGAGGGUCUCAACGUCCUUGUCACUAUAUCAGGUAAAAAGAACAAGCUGCGUGUAUACUACCUGUCCUGGCUGAGGAACAAGAUCCUGCACAAUGACCCUGAGGUGGAGAAGAAACAGGGUUGGACCACUGUAGGAGAUUUGGAGGGCUGCGUCCACUACAAAGUUGUAAAAUACGAGAGGAUCAAGUUUUUGGUUCUGGCUCUGAAGAACUCAGUGGAGGUCUACGCCUGGGCACCCAAGCCCUACCACAAGUUCAUGGCUUUCAAGUCUUUUGGUGACCUGGUGCACAAGCCACUGCUGGUUGACCUGACCGUGGAGGAGGGGCAGAGGUUAAAGGUCAUCUAUGGUUCGUGCUCAGGCUUUCAUGCUGUUGAUGUGGAUUCUGGGGCGGUCUACGACAUCUACCUGCCUACACACAUCCAGACCAGUAUCCAGUCUCAUGCAAUCAUCAUCCUGCCCAAUACUGAUGGCAUUGAACUGCUAGUGUGCUAUGAGGAUGAGGGCGUUUAUGUCAACACCUAUGGACGCAUCACCAAGGAUGUGGUGCUGCAGUGGGGGGAGAUGCCCACCUCAGUGGCCUACAUUCGCUCCAACCAGAUCAUGGGGUGGGGUGAGAAGGCCAUAGAGAUUCGCUCUGUGGAGACUGGCCAUCUAGACGGUGUCUUCAUGCAUAAGCGAGCUCAGAGACUCAAGUUCCUCUGUGAAAGAAAUGACAAGGUGUUUUUCGCAUCCGUACGGUCCGGAGGCUCCAGCCAGGUCUACUUUAUGACUUUGGGCCGAAGCAACCUGCUCAGCUGGUAGAUGUCCACACCCUGCCCUCUGUCUCCUCCUUCUCCUCAUCCUCCCCAUAGCCCUCCACCCUUGCCAACACUGGAUCUCUGAACCCACCACUGAUGUCUCAUCAACCUUUGGACAACCAAUACAGAACACAACAACCAAUCAGCCCUUUGGAGCAGUGGGUUACGACGACUUCAGCUCCUGGAGCGACCGAGCUCUGGGCCUUCCUGCGAUGCAGCGACCGCCGCUCAAGUCAUCGCCGCUCCCAAACAACCGAAGUGACGACUUGCGCCCAGAAUGAAAUCAGUGGUUGAUCUGCUAAAGGAAGUAGAAAUGUGUUAAAUGUGAAUUUGAGAAAAAAAAGGAGGCAAACUAAUCUUUGUUUUCCUCUGUUUUCUUGACACUCAUCAGAUUAUGAUGGGAUAGAUUUCGCACCUCUUCAUAGUUUCCGUGCUCCUGGGCUGGUCAGUAAGCUUGAGGUCUUCUACUAGUACUGCUAAUGCUGUUAUUACUACUACUGCUACAUCUUUCUGCAGGUCUGCCUCUUGUAAAAAGAGUAUCCUCUGCCCACUGUCCCACCCCCCUGCUCUUUCUGACAAGCAUGGGGCCGGUGUGGUCAGUCUGUUGUAUUAAACUACAGUAGUGUGUAUAAAUGUAUUUGUUUGGUCCAGUUACUGCUGACAAGCUGGUCAGAAACUAUCCUCCAGGGUAAACUGUAAAACCCUGGAGCCAGAGGGACAAGAAGCAGGUAGAAGAGACAUAUGUGGUUGAAAUAUGGAGGUGUUGCGGACAGGUGCUUUAAAAGAAAGAUGUCAGAGAAAGAGGUGAUGAGGCAGAAGGAUCUCAGAAUAGUAUUUUUGAAUCUUUAUUAUUAUUCCUUGAAGAUAAGUGUAACUGUGAAGUUAAACAUGUCUUUUUCCUCUUAUUUUUAUUUUGUUUUAAAAGCCAUUUAUGCACAUCCACCCACAGUCCACAAUUUGCUUGCUUCUACUCUAAAACCACAGAGGUGUGUGUAUAAAGAAAGUGAUGUGGGUGUGAUGCUAAAAAUGAAAGAAAACAAAGGUGUAUGUACAAUAAAGUUCAGUUAAGCUUU